AAAAAGGAAGCCAAUAAAACGUUGAAAAAAGAAAAAGAAAAAAACCAACGCUUUCUUUUGAAUCUUCCCGUAUUUUCCUGUUUUGAACGGGUCGUUGUUUUAGUUGUUGUUAUUGGUAGGGAGCUGGGUUCCUCUCUUUGAACCCUUCAUCUUCUUGUAAAUCUCUCCAUUUUAAGGGGGUCAAGCUCCUGGUUUCUGCUUUGUGAGUUCUUUUCUUUUGCUAUUGUUAAAUGUGGAGAGAUCCUGGACAGCCUGCUGAUUCGUACUAUCAGGUCCGGCCUGAAUGCACCGAUGUUCCAAAAUCUAAAUUCAAAAUCAAGGCAGGUAGAACUUUAAGUUCAAGGAAAUGGCAGGCUGCAUUUACUCCAGAAGGAUACCUGGAUAUAAGCAAGACCCUUAGUCGAAUCUACCGUGGGGGGAUCCAUCCAUCAAUUAGAGGAGAAGUUUGGGAAUUUCUACUCGGUUGUUAUGAUCCUAAGAGUACAUUUGAUGAACGAGAUCAGAUUCGACAGCGUAGAAGGGUACAAUAUGUUAGGUGGAAAGAAGAGUGCCGCCAAAUAUUUCCUGUUGUCGGAAGUGGAAAAUUUAUUACAGCGCCUGUAAUCACUGAAGAUGGUCAGCCCAUUCAGGAACCAUUAGUAAUUUUAGAAACAAAUCAAGACAGAGGCCCCUCUCAAGAUGGUAAUUCUGCUGAAAUUGGCAGUUCACAUGCCUAUGCCACAAAUCAAUCAAGAACAAAUGCAUCCUGUUCAGAAAUGGUGAAAGAGCUUACGAGCCAUGGCCCUUUGGACCACAAAGUGAUCCAGUGGAUGCUUACCUUACAUCAAAUAGGUCUUGAUGUGCAUCGCACUGACAGGACAUUGGUGUUUUAUGAGAAGCAGGAGAACUUGUCAAAACUUUGGGAUAUUUUAGCUGUUUAUGCCUGGAUCGAUACAGAUGUCGGCUAUUGUCAAGGAAUGAGUGAUCUUUGCUCACCCAUGAUAAUGCUUCUUGAAGAUGAAGCGGAUGCAUUUUGGUGUUUUGAACGAUUGAUGCGCAGAUUGCGAGGAAAUUUCAGAUGCACUGGGAGAACUGUUGGGGUGGAGACACAACUUAGUAAUUUGGCUGAAAUUACUCAAGUCAUUGAUCCAAAACUUCAUCAGCAUUUAGAUGCACUUGGCGGAGGUGACUAUUUAUUUGCUUUCCGCAUGCUCAUGGUUUUGUUCCGCCGAGAAUUUUCAUUUUGUGAUUCACUCUACCUUUGGGAGAUGAUGUGGGCCCUUGAAUACGACCCUGAUUUGUUCUCUGUAUAUGAAGAGCUGGAACUGAAUGGUGAGAAACAUGAGGGAUCUAAGGGAAGAGUAAAGUCCAUACGGCACUAUGGGAAGUUCGAAAGGGAAAAUAUGAAAAAUGGGGCAGCAAAUUCUGAAGGCCCCCUCCCCAUGUCUGUUUUUCUUGUUGCGAGUGUAUUGAAAGAUAAGAGCUCUAAGCUUUUGCACGAAGCUCGAGGCCUGGAUGAUGUUGUCAGGAUAUUGAAUGACAUGACUGGAAAUUUAGAUGCCAAAAAAGCAUGCAGCGGUGCAAUGAAACUUCACAGAAAGUAUUUAAAAAAGGCGAAGAAGGCAUAGCCUACAAUGAAACACAUGAUUUUUUUCCCCAGUCGACAAGUAUUGGGAAGCUUUCGUUUUGUAUUUUAAUUUUUCAAGUGAUGACAUUAUACUUGCACAUAAUUUUUUUGCUUGGAGAUCACAGAACUGUAAAGAUUGCUCCAACCUGCAAAAUGGUCAUACAGAAAGCAAAUUGUUGUAUGUAAACCAUCCCCUUCCUCAAGAAAAUCUAUGUAUAAACAGAACCAUGCAUGUAUCCAUCCAUGUUGUGUAAUAUACGUUCUAAUUUAAUCAUCAAUGAAAUACAAAGAAAAUCAUCUGCGUGCA